CACCACCAUCUCUACUCUCUAUUCUCCAUCCAAUGGCCAAACGACCUGUCACCAUUGAGAGUGACAGUGAAGACUCUACUGGAGGCACUCCUGCCCCUAAGCGGGCCCGCACCAACGAGUACAACGAGACACAUUCCUCCCAAACGCGUGAAAAGACGCGUCUCAAUGGCACUAGCAAAGGAAAAGAAAGGGCGCAAAGAAAUGACGACGACGAAGAAUCCGGCGCUGAAGUUGAUAUGCAACAAACCGGCAUCGAUGAUGAGCAAUUUGAGGAAAUACAUCAAGAGCGGAUUAGGGCUGCUGUGGAGUCCAAACGUAAAGUCGCUGGUGGUAUCGCUGAACAUGGAAUCAUCGAAGCCAUAGAGAUGCACCAGUUCAUGUGCCACAAGUAUCUGACUUUCAGUUUCGGUCCACAGAUCAACUUUAUUAUUGGUGGGAAGAGCGCCGUUCUUUCGGCCAUAACAGUUGCGCUUGGCGGUAAAGCUAAUUCCACGGGCCGGGGAAGUGGUUUGAAAGCUUUUAUCCGGGAAGGCCAACCCGCCUCCGAAGUGACAAUUCAGAUAAAAAAUCAAGGUGAAGAAGCGUAUAAGCCUAAGGAGUACGGGAAAUCUAUUGUCAUUACUCGGAAGUUUACAAAGGAAGGCAAUUCUUCCUGGAAGAUCAAAAGUAGAGAUGGUAAAGUCAUCAGCACGAAGAAGGAAGAGCUUGCGGCCAUUUGCGAUCAUAUGAACAUUCAGGUUGACAAUCCCAUGAAUGUCCUGACACAAGAUGCCGCUCGGCAGUUCUUGAGUGCUUCCCAUCCCACUGACAAGUACAAGUUCUUCCUUCGCGGCACUCAACUCUCCCGGUUGUCGGAUGAAUACACCACGUGCCUUGAAAACAUCGAGCAUACAUCAAAGGUCCUUAGCUCGAAGAAAGAAGUGCUUCCAGAUUUGCGUGCAGCCUGCAAAGAGGCUAUGGCCCGAUUCCAAGAGGCUACCAAAGCUCGUGAUCAACAAAAGAAGGUCGUUGAGCUCAAGAAGGAGUUAGCUUGGUCUUUUGUUCACGACAAAGAGGCUGAGAUGACGAAAGCUGUUGAGCACGCGGCCAAGAUGGGUCGCAGGAUCCCCAAAAUUGAAGGCAAUCUGAAAGAAGCUCGAGCCAGAUUCGAGGUUGAAACGGACGCUGUCGCUCGCUGUGACGAGGAAUUCCAUGCGUUGGGCAAUAUGAAUCAUCUCGCAGAUCAAAAGAAAGAAUUGUCGGAGAACAUGCGGAACAACAAAAGUCUUCUUAACGAGUUAGCAAGUGAGCGAAGGCAGAUGGACACCACCUUCAAGGCAGCCAAGGAGUCAAUCGCUCUUAUCCAAAAGCAGAUCGAUGACGAAGCUCGUAGGAUGGAAGCAGACACGCAGAGCAAACGAGAAGAAUCUAGCCGUCAGUUAGAGGAUGCGCGUAUAUCUCUUCAGGAAGCUGAGGCUGCUUUGCCGGCUUUGACUCAAGCCAAAGAUGAGAUUGACGCUGAGAACCGGACAACCAGGGAUCAGGGUGAAAGAGCAAGCGACGACGUCAAGAAAUUGCGAGAUGACAUCAUGCGCUGCGACAACAUGGUCCGCAAUUGCGAAAUGCAAGAAAAGAACCAGUACGCUGCAUAUGGUCGAGAUAUUCCCCAAGUACUUGAUAGGAUCAAACGAGCGAGAUGGGUCGGCGAUCAGCCUGUUGGCCCUCUAGGGGUGCAUGUCAAGGUUCGGGACCCGGAGUCGUGGGCAGACUUGUUACGCAGACAGCUUGGUGGAAUGUUAACAGCUUUCGCGGUUACUGAUGCGCAGGACCUCAAGCCGCUCAAGCGAAUUCUUGUCGAGUCGGGGAACGGUCAUCUGCUUAUCUUCGUAGCUCCGAGGGACAUAUUCGAUUACAGCGCUGGAGAACCACCGGCACACAUGCUUACUGUGCUUCGUGCGCUUGAUAUUUCUGAUCCAUACGUGCUUCGUAUCAUGAUUAACCAAAGGGGUAUUGAGCGUAUGUUUUUGGCGAAGACUCGUCGCGAAGGCGAACAGGUACUACGGGAAGUGAACGGUGGCGGCCAGGCAUGGACCGCAGAUGGUUAUCUCCUCAAACGCUACCCGGAAGGCGGUGAAUCGACUUCUCCACUGCCGAAACAAAGGAACGACGCCACCAACUUGUUGUUGAGUGGUCGAAAUUCUGCUGCACAGAAAGAGCACUACACACGCGAAAAGAAACGAUACGAGGACGAGAUCAAGGUCCUUACUCAGCGCGUCAAUGACUUGAAGCAGAAAUAUAUGACGGGCAAACGCGCAUAUGAUGCUAAGCUGAGAGAAGAGAUGCAAGCCCGCCAGGCUAUAUCAAUUGCCAAAGAUAGGCUACGCCAGCUGAAGGAAGCAGCGCAGGAGGAUAUGCCUGCUAACAUUGCUGGUUUAGAGGCUUCAAAGAAGGAAUCUGAAGAGGAGAAGGAGAACCUCGAAGCACAAUUCAAGGAUCACUUUGCUCGCAAAGCUGAGAUUGAUGAAGAGCAGAAGGGCCUGCUGGAACAGUUGAACGCCGUGAAGAAGAACAUGGAAGAGUUCGAGGCGAGGCAGAAAGCGGUUCAGGUUGAGAAGGCUGCCGAGAAACGGUUGGAAGCGCAGAACAGCAUCAAGCAUUAUGAGGCUAAGCUUACGGAAGAGCAGGCCAAGGUCAAUGAGGCCAACGAGGCAGCCAAAGUUCUAGAAGAAGAAUUUGAGGCUUGGACUGCGAAGGCAACUGACUAUUGCGAACGUGUCGAGACUACUCGUCGGUCAGACGAAAUUCAGAAGAACCUGGAUUCCGUUCAGCAAGCCUUAAAGCAGAGAGAGAAGAGGCACGGUGCAACGGUCGACGAAAUGACAGUAGAGGUCAACAAGACAAGGGCAAAUCUCGAAGCCGCGGAGAGUCAAUUGAAGCAAAUGGUCUCCUUGAACAAGAGAUUGAAAGCUUCUCUAGUCGCCCGUUUGAACAGAUGGCAGGAGUUCCGCCUGCACAUCGCUUGUCGGUGCAAGUUGAUAUUCCAAUACAACCUCUCUCAUCGAGGCUACUUCGGGAAGGUCUUGUUUGACCAUGAUAAGGGAACGUUGCAGCUCAAGGUUCAGACGGACGAUGUUGCGGCCACACAAGGUUCCAGGGACAAGGAUCCACGUUCUCUGAGCGGCGGUGAAAAGUCAUUUUCUACCAUUUGUCUUCUCUUGUCGUUGUGGGAGGCUAUAGGAUGCCCACUCCGUUGCCUUGACGAGUUUGAUGUGUUUAUGGACGCUGUCAAUCGUCGGAUCUCUAUGAAGAUGAUGAUUGAAACCGCAAAUCAGUCGGACAAGAAGCAGUACAUUCUGAUCACGCCGCAGGACAUGACGAGUAUUACAGUGGGUCAUACUGUGCGCGUCCAUCGUAUGACGGAUCCAGAGAGAAAUCAAGGAACGCUGGCGUUCAGCUAAGUAGAAAGACCUGCAUAUAUGUAGGACGGUUAAAUAACGUCAUCCGUUAAACGCUUAAUGCUUCCUGUUGGAUACCGAUAAAUUCUGCUACACAUAUUAUCGUAUAGCAAUUGUAUCAAUACCUUACUGUCUGUUAUUUUACUAUCCCAUACUAUCCAUCCAGAAUCAUCAACCGAAAGUCCAGCUAGGCGACGUGAGAUGCAUACGGACUUCCAUU